UAUAUCCGAGCGUUUCGCGUGGAACAUCGCUCAACGGUUCAUCUUGGCUCACAUCCAUCUUGUAUCGUACAUCAUCUCUGGAUCUCUAGCUCACUUACCAACAGGGUCAGUAUAACAGCUAGAUUCAAUUCGCAAGUGACACAGUCACGCACGACAAGUCAGACCAGGUCAGUCCUGUGUCGCAUCGGGAUCGAGAGAAUACGACCUGACCGUCGACCGUGAAUCACAACUGCACGCUUUACCAAAACACCGUCCGGAUCCGCCCUUUGAUCGUAAAUCGAUCAGACUGACCUUAGGACCCACAAGGGACGCCAAACAUCAAGAUAAUGAGCUCUCAAGAGCUCGUCAACUCAGCUCCUGAUGUUCAACCGCCUCCAGCUCAGGCUGUCGAGAAGGACAGAGUAGCGGGGAAACCAAAGUUGAACGUCGUCGUACGGGAAGCCACAGAGGCUGAUCUGGAGGAUAUCAUCCGCAUCUUCUGGUCCUCAUUCAGCGUCAUCUUCCCCUUCAACCUCACCGAACCCCCCUCCUCCCGGCCUUCCGAAUCAAUCCGACUCUCACGAGCUAUCCACCGUCAGAAAGCCGUCCUGGCCAAUCCCAAGUACUUGACGCUCGUCGCCGAAAUCGAAAUUGAGACUGAAGCUCAAAGCGAGAACGGAAACCAAGAGAAGAAAGAGAAAAAGAAGUAUAAGGAGGUAGUAGGAUGGGCGGGGUAUCUAAGGCCGGAAGGAUGUAAAGACCCUCAUCCGUGGAUCGUCGAUGAUGACGAGUAUGAGAGGGGGACGGAGGAGGAUCGGGAAGCUUGGGAAGGGGUCGAGAGGAAAUAUUUCAACGGCUUGUGGAAAGGUUGGGAUGAAUAUAGGUGGGGGAUCCUUCCGGACGUCGAGCAUUGGCUCCUCGCUCCGCUCUGCGUAAAGCCCUCCGCUCAAGGCCAAGGCGUCGGAUCCGCCCUCCUGCAAUACGUCUCCAACAUCGUCGACAAGGACAACGAAAGUAAUCCUAACAAUCCCGUCCCCAUCUACCUGGACGCUUCGAAAGCCGGUCAGCCUGUCUACUUGAAGGCGGGGUAUGAAUAUUUCCCACCCGGGCCCGAGGGAAAGGGGACGGGCAGAGAGUUUCCGGGGAUGAUCCGAUGGGGCAAGGUUCCUGUGGAGAAGCGGAGGGUCUAGGCGGGAUGUCGCGGGAGAAGGACGAGGGCGAUCUGUGAUUCGGGUCGUAUACCGGCUAUGGUGUGAAACCGGAUUCAAGCUCUUGAUCAGCAAACUGCAAGCAUAGAUCUGUCACCGAGACGUCAAAACAUAUCCAAUGGUGGCGUUGUAGACGACGACGAUGCGGAUGGACUUCAGGCGGGCGAGCCGGCAAAGAGCUGCCAAGCGCAAAAAGCUCCGAAGUUGUAGUCAAUCUGAAGACGAACGACGGCAGAUACAGCGCAUAACACAUGAUAUGCAGAUAUAUUCCUCACCCUUCAUUACGC